AUGCUGCAGCAGAUCCUGAGGGAAAUGUACAUUGACCCGGAGCUCCUGGCAGAGUUGAAUGAUGAACAGAAACACAUCCUUUUUUACAAGAUGAGGGAGGAGCAGCUGCGGCGCUGGCACGAGAGGGAGGCGAGGGCAGCGAGGGAGGAGGCCGAGGGGGUGCAGCCGCCCAAAACAAAGUAGUCAGCGAACAGUAAACACAUUCAAUGGCUUCAUGGGAUAGAUGGUGAAGUUUGGGUCUGGAUUAUGGGAGAAGCCCCAGGCGACAAACCAUAUGAACAGAUUUCGGAGGAGCUGAUAGCAGAAAGGGCAAGACAACAGGCACAGAAGGAGGCUGAAGAACUCUGGAGACAAAAGGAGGCAGAAAUCACAAAGAAGUUUCGGGAUGCUAUGGCAAAUGAGAAGGCUCGGAUCCUGGCAGAGAAAUGGAAAGUAGAAAUGGAAGACCGCAAGGCAGCCAAAAUUCUGGAAGAAAGGAUUCAUGAGGAAUUCAAGAGAAAAGAAGAAGAGGAGAGGAAAAAGGGGGAAAUGCAAAUUCGCCUUCAGGAAGAACAGAGAGCCAAAGAGUUGUAUUGGACCCUGAAGCAAGCGCAGCAGCAGAGCCAAGCCAGUGAAAAGGAGGAGCAAGAGUGGGAAGAGCAGUUACGCCGUUCUAAAGCUGCAGAUGAAGAACGGAGAUGGAAAGCUCAAAGAGCCCGGGAUGAGUACCGUCGGCACUCACUCCGAGCAAUUCAGAAAGGAACAGUGGCUGGUCUGAGCAACAUGUUCCAAGAAAUUGGCUUGUACAAUGAGCAGGAGGCAAAGCUCAAUAACCACCAUUCUAGCCCCACUCCGCCAAAGUCCCUCCUUGUCCCAGUUAGGACCUGGGAACGGCCCCUUCGUCCAGUCUCCAGAGAGAUCAUCAUCCGCUGGUUUAAGGAAGAGCAAUUGCCCCGCCGGGCUGGUUUUGAGAGGAACACCAAAUCCAUUGCUCCUUGGUUUCAUGGCAUCAUUAGCCGAGAGGAGGCAGAAGAUCUUCUGUCAAACAUGACUGAGGGGGCAUUUCUGGUUCGAGUCAGUGAGAAAAUCUGGGGCUACACUCUCUCCUACCGCCAGCAACAUGGGUUCAAGCACUUUCUUGUGGAUGCAUCAGGAGAUUUUUAUAGCUUCCUGGGAGUGGAUCCUAAUCGCCAUGCAACUCUCACAGACCUCAUUGAUUUUCACAAGGAGGAAAUCAUCACAGUGUCGGGUGGAGAGUUACUGCAGAAACCUUGUGGACAGAGGGACAACCCACCAGAUUACCAUAUGUUAUUUGAAUGACUUUCAUGGUACAGGACUCCAUUGGAUCUCCCCCCCCCCCCCCAUCACUAUAUAUCCAAGACCUUCCCAACAUCCCCAGUCUUCACCAGAGCUGUAGGGGUGGGCAUCUGAAGGAAUGGGAGUAAGCUUUUUGUGAAAGUUUCCCAAAGCCAACAAAUGGCAGCCAGCAAUAUUUCCUAAUAGUUUAGCACCUAUUUGGCACCAAGGAUAAUGGCUAGGAUUGCAGAGUAGGUGCUUAAUUAUUAUUUUUGUUUUCAACUUGAACUGAAUUUGUUUAAUAUCACCAAAGGUCUUCAGUAUGAUUCAUGAGGAUGGUGGCUUUGUGACCAAAUGAUAGGUAUUGAAGGAGUGUUGUAACAGAUUAAGUGCUGGACAUGAAUCCUGGAAGAUCUAGGUUCAAAUCCUGCCUCUGAUAUUGACCGUGUGACUAUGGGCAUUUUCCCAAACUUCUUAGAGCCUCUGUUUCCUCACCUGUAAAAUGAGGAUUUAGACUCCAUAACCUAUAAGGUUUCUUCAAGUUCUGAAUCUAUGUUUCUAUAAUCCUGGAUCCUAAUGAUCAAUCAAUUCAAUAAAAGAGUUACCUUCCACUAUCAAUCUUAUCUUCUUUUAAUCUCUUUCUAAGUUUGUGUCAUUUGAGCUCACGCAAUGGGACAAUUUGUUGCAUUUUGUUUCAGAUAAUUUGAAUGUAAGCUCCUUGAAGGCAGAGUGUUUCAUUUUUGUCUUUGUCUCUUUGUCCUUAGUGCCUGGCAAAUAAAAAAAUCUUGCUCAUUGAGAUAUCAGUUGGAUCUCUCCCUACAGAUUUGUUCAAGGGCUUGAAAGUAUAAUUGAAGAUCUUCUCUGGAACACAAAUUGUUAAGAAUUAUUUUCCAGAACAUUGCCUUUCUUUUUUAUUAGCAUGAUCACAUGAGCUUCUAUACCUUUCCUGGGUUUGAUCCAAUCAUCUGUAUAGCCAAACAGAAUUAUUCAUUAGCACAAGGGAGAGAAGGGAGAAAAUCAGAUGCCUUUUCCAUACUUUGAUGGAUUUGUUGUUUCAUCAGUGCAGGUGUCCCCCUCCACAGAUGCAGAUUGAAAUCCCUCCAUGUCUUCUUGUUCUGUGCAGUUUUCGUCCAUGUAUUUACAUUAAUGCCCCGAGGAAUCUUUGCCCCAAUAUGUUGCAGAUGGUCUUCGUGUUCUCUGAAUGUCCUUGGGAUAUCACAGUAACACAUGGGCUGCCCAGCUGUUGACUUUCAUUCUUACCACAUGACCAGAUUUUGAUAUGUAUGCACAAGAAAGCAUAUAUGACAUAUACAGAGGGGCAUUUAUCUUAAAAAUUUCCACUUGAAAGCAAGAGACAUUCAUUCAUGGCAGAACAAAGUAAGUUUUCCCAGUUUUGGGCCACAUCAGAAACAGCUAGUGGGGCAUCUGAACUCAUGUAACCACAUUCCCUCAAAUUGAGAUGGGGAACACUGCCACCUCUAUGAUAGGGAGAACAAAUCAAUUCUAAUAGAUAUCAAAGAGCUUUUCUGCUUUAUUUGGUAGCACAUUUUGUAAUUUUCAGAUGCGGCCAAUAAAACCAAUCUGAUAUUUGGAUUUUCUCAAUUAAUUAUGGUUCUCCUUGUUUGACAACUGGUGUCCAUUUGAGAGAGCAAGAAGAGAUGUGACAAUUUUGAACAUUCUGAAGAAAGAGAUUUCCUAGGAAUCCACUGUGGUUCUGAUUUUAAACCAUGAAAGCUUGAGAGUUGGGAUUUGUAGGCCAUUGGCAUUGUUGUCCCUAAUUAAAAUGUGAGAGACAACAGCCAAAAUUUCCAUUCCUAAUUCAUUUCUUAUUUCUUUUAUUUUGGGUCUGCAUUCUGUGCAUGUCUCAUAUAUUUUAGGUUUUACCUAGCUUUAAAAUAAAUUUCUAGUAAGUUGUCCUGCAAAUGAAAUUACUGUCUGGAAAACUGCAAUUUCAUCUUGAGAGUUUUAUUAUGCUAAUAAAUGUCAGGAUUCUCAAAUAAAGGAAUUGCUUUUUUUUUCCUCAGCGUCCUACAGAAAUAAUGAAAAACAGCCAAGCAGCUCAGAGACCUAGCAAAGAAAACUUUACAAUAUAUGAUCAGAGAAAAAGCUGUAAAAUAUAGUGCAACUAAACUGAAGAUAAAUUUCAGAGGAAACAAAGGCAGAACACAGCAAGCCCAGAUUAAAUAAGAAAGGAAUUUUGGUGGCAGGACCAGCACCCUAGAGUGAAAAGGAGUGAAUAAAUGAGAACACUAAUAGAGAAUGAGAUUUGGACUGGUCUAGGUGAAAUUAUCAAGUGGGUGAAAGGUGUCCUUAUUGGUCACAGUCAUCCCUUUUAGUGCUUCAUCAGCAACUGAUAUUAUGGUGCCCAGAACCUUCAUGCUCACUUUCCUCCUCUCCUAGAUAUUUCUUCUGUCAAGAAAGGCUUUGAGAUCAGUCAUUUGCAACUUAUCCUUCAUCUAAAUCACUCCCUCUAUCUCUCUCAAGAAUAUUUGCAUUUUAAUACUGAUUUCUCAUUGUAAAAAGAAAAAAAUUCCCCUUAAAAGAAAUUUCGCUGAGGUGUGUGUGUGUGUGUG